CAAGGCAUGACCCUUGCAACCCUGUCAACGGGGUUCUCGCACCAGAACAACUGUGUUGUUCGCAAUCACGCAAACACGCGGUCAAACAGAUCUAAAACCUCCUUGGUUUAGUUCCUCAUUAAAAUUAGUUCCUAUAGAUUUCCGGAGAAAAGAUUUUCGAAGAGCAAAAAAAUUCUUGCCACUUCAACUUCCCCCGAAUUCUCAAAGUUUCGAUCAACAAAAUAUUCAUCAAGUCCUCGUUCAAACCGAUUGAAACCUUAUCAAGUGCAGAAAUAUAUUCCUUCUGAAUACACCGAUCAAAUUUGAGAAUCAAAGUAAUUCAGCGAAAACACCGUCACCAAUGUAAACAGUAAACAGAAGAAAAAUUACUCACCAAAGAUCAUCGUACUCUCCGAUGUACCCGCCCUCCAGGCAAGAAAAUAUCACCGAUGGGGUUGAUAAAACACACGUCUCACAUGAUUCUGAUCACUAAAAACUUCUGAGUAACUUGUCAUGUGCACAACUGCAGUUCAAAAUACUGCCUUGUGUUUACCUCUCCCUGUGUUUACGGAUACUGCCGUGCACCCCCACUUUCACUCCAUUCACAACUAUCUUCACACUCGCUACCAACUUCACGUUCUCUCAGCUGCACAGCCCGGCAGACGGCAGUAUGGCCGCUAGUGCUGUGAGUCGCAGUAAGUGACAGUUGAUAACCCGCCAUCAGUUUCCCCCUUCGCAACCGAAAAAUUAAAAUCCCCGCAAAUGUGCUGAAUAAAAAUGAUUUAGACUGUUCAGUGAAUCGUUACUAUUGACUAUUCAAGAUGAUAAAGGAGAUGGCUGAUGAUGAGGCCACACAGGCGACUAAUGAUGAUGCAAGUGAGUGUAAAAGAUACGCUGUGCAACUAGGUUACUGGUCGGAUCCUUUUAUUAACUUUUUCGUAAGGCAAACAGCGCGAAAACCACCAGAAAUCAAUCGUGGGUAUUAUGCCAGGGUUAAAGGGAUCGAGGUGUUCAUCGAUAAAUUCCUGAAGUACUCUGGGGGAAAAGGACAGAUAAUAAAUCUCGGUGGUGGAUUUGACACACUCUACUGGAGAUUGAGAGACGCUGGCUGCAGUCCCCAGAAUUAUGUAGAGCUCGAUUUUCCAAAUAUAACAGCAAAGAAAUGUUAUCACAUUAAAAAGCACAAGCAGCUCAUUGACAAAAUCAACACAGAAGAUGGUGAAAUAAAAUUUUCCACCACGGAUUUUCAUGCUGCUAAUUACCAUCUCAUUGGGGUAGAUCUACGACACAUAUCAGAGCUGUCGAAUAAGCUGGUACAAGCAGAAGUUGACUUCAAUAUUCCAACGUUAUUUCUCGCUGAAUGUGUACUUGUUUACGUAGAUAGUAAUGCGGCAUCUGCUCUGUUGAAAUGGCUUGCCGAAAAAUUUCCCAAUAGUAUUUUUGUUAAUUACGAGCAAGUUAAUAUGCGUGAUAAAUUUGGCCAAGUUAUGCUACAGAAUUUGAGAUGCAGAGGAUGUUUAUUGGCUGGGGUUGAAGACUGUGAAUCGUUAGAGACUCAACAAAGGCGCUUUACCAUAAACGGCUGGCAGGGUUCCAAUGCCUGGACAAUGGUGGAGGUGUAUGACUCACUGCCAGAGUCUGAGAGAAAGAGGAUUGAGCGUAUUGAGAUGCUGGACGAGAGGGAACUACUCACACAACUCCUUCAACACUACUGUAUCGCUGUCGCCUGGAAUGGCACGAUGUUCAAGGAACUUUCCAUUGCACAGGGUUAAAUGUUAUACGAAAAGAAUGAAAACCUCAAUCGAGUUACUCCAGGUAGUGAAUUUAAAAAAAAAACUAAUGCGCCCAUUUCCAUUCGAUCUGGUAACGAGAUGAUUAAUUACUCUUUUCUUUGGAUUUUUUUGUUCACCUCCAAUUGUGAUAACGAUGGGUUCUAUCAUUGUGAAGAGAGAAAAAUAUGUAUAUUGUAUAGAUAUAUUCAGACAGACUGAGAUGAACUCGUAGAUUUAUGCAAAGGAACGACAUUUGUAGCGAAUGAAGAUAAAAACCCCAUUUUAGGAAUCGGAAUUUUUUGGGAUUUAAGGGGAGGUUCGCCCUGGAAAAGAAAACUAUUCUGUUCUUAGAGGAAAAAUUUUGUGAAGUACUAUUUCUCGCAUGUUUUUUCUUCAGGAAUGGAUUUUUUUUAACCCAAUAGUCAACUUGAAAGGAGUCUACAAUGUAUCGAUUUUUUAGAUAGUUUUUUGGAUACGAUUAUCAAUUUUCGCUACUUAAUCAUGAAAAGUGGAGGAGAAAAUGCAUUUUAAAGUUAACUUGUCAACCAAAAAAAAGUAGUUAUUCUCAAUGGAUCGAUUUUAUUCUCACAUUUUCUUAUGAAUAUUAACUAAAAUGAGUGAAUUCCUAUGAAAAGAAUGGGAAAUGAAUGAAAACAGUACACAAAAAAUACAACAAUUUGAGUUUGAGGGAAGAAGGACGCUAGCGAAAUCCGAACUACUGAGAGGAACUCUGCACUGUAGAGUAACAAAAGACUAAGUGCAUGAGUACCAUUAAAUAUAGAGUUAUCGUUUAUAAGUGAAGUUUACACAUAAUAUCCCGAGGAAAUAUCAUGCGAAGAACAGUACUUAAAAAAAAUUCCCUCGGAAAAUGCAAGAGUUUUUUUCCCUUAACGUGAGUCAAAGGUCUGAUGAUGAAGUUCUGUACAUGCUAGUUAAGAUUCCCCAUCAAUUUUCCUCUUCUUUCCGUUGUUUCCCCAAUUUUUCUGUGAUGAAUUGUGAAAAGUCUAGUGACUAGGUCUCGAGAGCCUUUGAAAAGAAGCGUAUCGCCUCAGGAAAUCAUUAAAAUAUCUUUUUAAAAAGAUUCUUAAUGCGUUGUGAAACAAUAGCAACGAAAAAAUUACUUAAAAUGAAAGUAGGGAGAAAAUAAAUGCAGUGACUAAGCUGAUUUAUCAUUAUUAACAUUGUAUUGAGUAGUUUUGAAUUCGUAAUUUAAAUAUAACGAUGAGAUGAAAGAAUUCAAUUCGAUGAAAAAAUGUAUAAUUUGACUGCCACAAGAGAAUCACAAAGUGAUUCUCCAGUUUUUCCAUUUAAAUCGUAAUAUUUUCAAUAGUGAUAACUUUAAAUAUUAAUAAUAUAUUGAAUUGUCACUGCUUUUUGAUGAUUUGUCAUCCAACAGCUCUCAUCGAACAUGAAAAACAUCAUCAACUAAUUAUUUUCGUAUUUAGGGAGAACCAGGGUUGUGAAUUCAUAACAAACACAUGAUUAAUUUUCUCAGCCCAGUCUGCACGAAACUACGUAUCAUUCAUUGAAUUAUUUUCAUAAACAAUCAAUGGACACACCUGGAGUAACAAAAACUAAACCAAAAUUCCUAUAUUUUUCUCAGAAAUGAAGAUUAACGUCAACUCCUGUCGCUAUAUUCUCAAAUAUUUGUAACUCUGGAUUAAUCUGCAUGUAGUAAGACUGUUAUACUUUCCUCACUGUUUCGUUGUAUGAAAAAAAAAACGCGCAAUUGUUCAUUAAUGUCGUAAACACACACAUCCACUUUGACAUUCGAGUAUCAAAAUCCAUGGACAUUGAUUUUCAAGGGAGAGGCGUGUUCGCUCAACGAUAAAAAAUAAAUUACUAAAGUAAUUCAGUCAUGUUUAAUUCAGAUGUUGAAAAUGAAAAAAAUUGAAUCAACGAAGUUGCACAUGAAUAUAUUUUUCUUUAAUUCUUGCACCAAAGAAUAGCUGCUGUCUGACAAUACCAUCGAAUUAAAUCCUCCAACGGUUCGAGGUGUUCUCCUCUGAUUUAUGAAAGCAAGUUGAAUAAUUGUAUGAAUAAAAAUAUUCAGUAUCUUGAAUAACUGAUGAAUAUUUUCUAUUUACUACAAUCUUUCUCGUUAAGUCUCUUGAAAAUUGAAGAAAAACAUUUCGAUUGAGUUCCAGUAGAAUCGAAUGCAGACGGCAUGUCACUUGUCAAUCGAGUGUUCGGUAAAUGAAUACUUUGGGAGAACACAAAACUAGAGCUAUAAUUUCUCUUAAUUAUAUGAAUUAUUCAGCGAAAUAAUCUGCAUGAGCCUUCAUCUCAAACUUAUUCUUGAAGAAAACAAAUAUCUGUAAACACUAGAUAUAACGAUGGAAAAAGUGGAAAAGUGUAUAGAGAUUUCGUGUGCUUCCAUGUCAGUAUAAAUAUUAACAGGAUGAUCAAAGAGUUAGGUCUUGUAAGGUUUUACGUUUGCGGUGGUAAUUCGACAUGUGACACAACAACAAUUCUCGCCAUUCUUUUGUGCAAUUGCUGAAGGGUCAUUUUGAGUUAACCAGUGGACAUUGUCGAUAUUUAAAUAAGCAACAUAAAUUAAGUCUUUUCAACAACCGCUUGUUUUUCCCUUGUAAUCAGUCGUAAUUAGUGUUAAGAGAUUUACGUCUUUGAACAUCAUGUACAGCUCUGUUAUUCAAACAAUUAUUUUAUUAUUCUGUGAGGAAAAACGAAGAAAAAGAAGUAAUGGAAUAAAGACUAUCGAAUUCAAGGAAAAUAAUUUUAUCACCUUCUUGUAUUCUUGAUAAUCCAUAACAAAAUAUGCAUUUAGAGUAAAUUCCAGCAGAUUUACUCUAAAUAUCUAUUCCUGUACAUUUCUUUGAUAGAAAUUCUUAAAACCGUAUUUUUCGCCUGGUCAGAUUUUCCCCCCGCACAGCCCGUCGGAGCGAAAAAUUUGUCUUUGGAUGCCACACAUAAUUCUGUCAUGCAAAUCAUUAUUUAAUUGUGCUGUGAGGAAAAACACCGAAAAAUUCUACGAAUAAAAACCAUCGAA